CUUGACGUCUUUGGCCGUCAGAUCUUCGUCGCGAAACCGGGCCUGCUGGCCGACCUGCUCGUCCACAACUGCUACGACUUCGCCAAGCCCAGGCGGAUCAGCGCGUUCCUGCGGCGGAUUCUCGGCGAUGGCCUCAUCAUUGUCGAGGAAGAC